AUGAGUUCGUCGGACGUCGAACUGCAGGAAAACAAAAGGGACAAACUAUUUAGUGCUGUCAUGAAAGGAAAGUGGUUGGAAGUCAUUGAAAUGUACAAGCAAGAAAGGGAUGUUCGCACGGUCGAGAUAACAACAAGAGACAAUGUGAUACACAUGGCAGCUCUUAGUGGGGAUGCGAAGGUUGUGGCAAACAUCGUGGACUUUGAAUGUGAGGAGAGGGACAUAGUCCUUAGGGCCGGGAAUGAUAGAAAAAACACGCCUCUUCAUUUUGCAGCUUCAAUGGGGAAUGUUGAAAUCUGUCGGAAGAUAGGCGGCGCAGACUCCUUAGUUACUAUGCGCAACAUCGCCGGCGAGACACCCCUCUUCCUGGCGGCUUUCCAUGGCAAAAAACAAGCUUUUCUUUGGCUUCAUUAUCUCUAUAUGGAGAGCCCUGGAGCUUCUUCAACCAACCAUAGAGCUGGAGCUUCUUCAACUGACCAUCCAUACUGGAGAAGGAACAAUGAGGAUACCAUUCUUCAUUGCGCAAUUGCAGAAGGCCAUAUUGAUGUGAUAAUUGAAAUAGUUUACCUCUAUAAAGAUCAUUUGAGAAAGAUGAUGAUGCCAAACAAGGAAGGGUUGACCCCACUACACAUCCUAGCAGCAAAGCGUUUAGCAUUCAAAAGUACUGAUCUCCUUGAUCGAUCUAUCCUUGUUCGUCCCUUUUAUUGGCUUUUCAGAGUUAAGAAGAAGAAGCAGGCCAUGACGAAGAAAGAAUUGGAACAAUGCGAACGCAAAUUACUUGUCAGGGUUAUAAUUUGGGUUCUGAUAGUCCUGCAAGCCCUGCCAAUAGCCCUUCUAAUAAUCCUGCAAGCCCUGCCGAUCCUCCCCUCAUUAAUAUUAUUUAUUGUAGCAGGAGCUUUGCUCGCCACUGCUAUAACGUUUGCUGAGAACCACUGCGUUGAGGCGCAGAUCGCAAGACCAAGGUUCCCCUGUUUAGCGUCCAAGCUCUUCCCUUUUCCUUUUCUUCUUUUCGUCAAUCAUCGUGAGGCUUCCUUCUCCGCCAGUCAGUUCGCCGUCGACAGGUGCGUGAAUUCCAGCCAUCACCAUCAAGUCUUCAUCUUCUCUGUUCGGAUGUCGGGUUCCUCUUUCCUCUUCGAGCAGCAGCAAUAA